UUAAUUGGCCCCCGUGCACCCGGAGAACCAACACAACCUGUCCACGGCCCCCAUCUCUCUCUCUCUCUCUUCUCAGCUUCUAGCAAUCACGUUCCACUUUGUUCUCCACCACUUGCCCUCAUUUCUCAUCUCAUACAUAACAAUCCCAUUCAUCUAUCUUCUCUUCUAUCUGCACAUAAUAAAUAAAUUCUCAUACUGCAACAAUAUUGUAGUCUUAAUUAAGACCCGUUCCUUUUUCAUCCUUCCAUAUCCAUGGACGUCCCAGAUCUGGAGUCCCCCAUCUUCGUCCCCUAUUCCUACCCUCCGUUACCACAAGUGGAGGACAACGAUGACUCCACCAUUCCCACCUCUUCUAAUAAAACUCCAAGGAGGGCCUUAAGGCUAGUCUUGUUUGGCAUCACAGCCGUAGCACUGCUGGGUCUCGUCUCUCUCUUCUACCAUGGCGGUGAACCGCAAGGAGAACUGGAGUUCGAUCAAGCAAGGGAGACACCCGUGGACCGGUGGACCGUUUCUCGGGGCACGGCCUCGGGGGUAUCGGAGAAGUCCAACGGGCCGAUCCUCGGAGCCACCCCGGUCUACCCCUGGACCAACGUCAUGCUCGUCUGGCAGCGCACGGCCUUCCACUUCCAGCCGCAGGAGAACUGGAUGAAUGAUCCGAAUGGGCCGAUGUAUUACAAGGGGUGGUACCACCUGUUCUACCAGUACAACCCGGACUCGGCCUUGUGGGGUAACAUCACGUGGGGGCACGCCGUAUCACGUGACCUCGUCCACUGGUUCUACCUUCCCCUCGCCAUGGUUCCCGACCGCUGGUACGACGCCAACGGCGUCUGGACCGGCUCCGCCACCCUGCUGCCGGACGGCCGGAUCGCCAUGGUCUACACCGGUUCGACCACCGAGUUGGUCCAGGUCCAGAACCUCGCCUUCCCGGCCGACCCGGCCGACCCGCUCCUCAUAAGUUGGAACAAGUCCGAGUCCAACCCGGUUCUCGUUCCCCCGGCCUGGGUCGGGCCGACCGACUUCCGCGACCCGACCACGGCGUGGUACGUGCCGACGGACUCGGUCUGGCGGCUUGCAAUCGGGGCCAAGGACGCGGAGCACACCGGGAUAGCGCUGUUGUACCAAACCAAGGACUUUAUAACUUACGAGCUGCUACCAGGCUUUCUCCAUGCGGUGAACGGGACUGGGAUGUGGGAGUGCGUGGACUUCUACCCCGUGUCGACCGGGUCGAAGGUGGGGCUGGACACGUCGACCGGGCCGGGGACGCAGGUGAAGCACGUGCUGAAGGCCAGUCUAGAUGAAAAGAAGCAGGACUACUACGCGAUCGGGACGUACGACGGCGACGAGGGGACGUGGACGCCAGACGAGCCGGAGAUGGACGUGGGGAUCGGGCUGAGGUACGACUACGGCAAGUUCUACGCGUCGAAGACCUUCUACGACCCGGUGAAGGAGAGGCGAGUCCUGUGGGGUUGGACCGCGGAGACCGACAGCGAGUGGACCGAUCUCUUGAAGGGCUGGGCCUCCCUGCAGGCCAUUCCAAGGACGGUCCUCUAUGAUGACAAAACGAAGAGCAACCUAAUACAGUGGCCAGUUGACGAGGUGGAGAGCCUAAGAUCGAGCAAACAAGAAUUCAGCAACAUCAAAGUUAGCACCGGAUCAGUGGUGCCAUUAGACGUCACCCACGCCACAGAGUUGGACAUCGAGGCUGAGUUCGAGAUAGACUUAUCGGCCUUGGAACGGACUGUGGAGGCCGACGUAGGGUACAACUGCAGCACAAGCGGUGGUGCUGCCGGGCGUGGUGCGUUGGGACCCUUUGGAUUGCUCGUGUUGGCUGAUCAGGACCUGAAAGAGCAGACCGCUGUGUAUUUUUUCCUCCGGAGGGGAACCGAUGGCGGCCUUGGCACUUUCUUCUGCCAGGAUGAGACGAGGUCAUCGAUGGCAAAUGAUCUUGUCAAGAGGGUUUAUGGUAGUUUGGUGCCAGUGCUCGAUGGUGAAAAUCUGACAGUGAGGAUUCUGGUGGAUCACUCCAUAAUCGAGAGCUUUGCUCAAGGGGGGAGGGCGUGCAUCACAUCACGCGUGUACCCAACUAGAGCAAUUUAUGGUGGGGCAAGAGUAUUCCUUUUCAACAACGCAACCGAUGCUUCCAUGACCGCCAAGUCACUCAAGAUAUGGCAGAUGGACUCUGCAUUCAUUCACCCGUACUCAGCCCAGACUGAAGCCUUGUGAUUUAAUCUCUUUCAGCCUUCAGCAGCUCAGCCACGAAAUAAUCUAUGUUCCAUGUCAUCCCGUUAUCUGCAUGCACUAAUACCAUUUGUCAUGAGAUUCAUAAUAGAAUUGCAUGUGAUCCCAUUAGAAAAGCCUGUAAAGUUUUCUUUUUUUUCCUUCUUUUUGCUCUUUCACUUUGGCGGUUUGCAAGCCUAUUUUUAUAUUUUGUGUUUUUUAUUUUUUUUUGAUGUGCAAUGUAGGAAAUAAGAUGCUUUCCCCAUGUUAUAUUAUUAAUAGAGUUGAAAAUAAAUGGAAGUUUACCAAUGGAAAUUUA